CUGGUUGUGAAUGCGAAAUACUUUUCACCCCUUCUCCGCUCACCUGAUCACCACAGUCUUCGCGCUCGUCCAGUUCACUUCUGUAUUCUUCGUUCAUUUGAGAGUAGUGAGCACAAUAACAAGGCAAAAAUCGCACGAUCACAAUUCCCGUGUCUGUCACUGUUCUAAAUCAACAUCCAUCAGAGCCAACAUCACCACACCGAGCACAACAUCUUUUUUGAGUGUCACCUUCUUAGAUCAGCGUCCACGAUGGUCACUUCUCCAGAGUUCAAGACCUUCCAUGGAUCACCUUCGAGAGCCAUCCAAGAAGGAAGUUACAAAAGCAGAGAACUGGCGCCGAAUGAAGUCCUGAUCCGUAUAACUUACUCUGGGGUAUGCGGAACGGAUUUGCAUGGACUGGAAAGUGGCAUGGUGCUCGGACAUGAAGGCGUAGGUGUUGUGGAGGCUUUCGGAGAAGGAAUCAGAGGCGUGUGGAAAGUAGGAGAGCGUGUCGGCUUCGGCUAUGUCAAAGAUGGAUGUGGAGUGUGCGAAUUCUGUCUCGUCGGAGCUCAUAUGCACUGCAUCAACUCCGCCAGAUUCUACUCAGGAACUGACUUAGACCAAGGAUCGUUUGCGACACAUGCCAUUUGGCCAGAGACUCUGAUUCAUCGAGUUCCGGAAGGUCUCAGCGAUGCUGAAGCUGCACCACUAUUCUGUGCUGGCCAAACUGUCUUCGUUCCAUUGCUCAAGUAUGUUAAGCCUGGAGACCGUCUGGGAGUCGUAGGUAUUGGUGGAUUGGGGCACUUGGCAAUUCAAUUCGCUUCGAAGUGGGGUUGUGAAGUUGUCGCAUUUUCCGGCACCAACAAGAAGAAGGAUGAGGCGUUGGCUUUGGGAGCGACUGAGUUCGUGGUGACCAAAGGUGUUGAAGGGCUUGUAGUGGAUCAUAAGCUGGAUCACCUUUUCGUUACAACAAGUCAGCACCCAAAGUGGGAACCGUACAUGGAUGUGAUGAAACCUUUCGGGAACAUAUAUCCUCUCACAGUCUCAACAGAGGACCUGGUUAUCCCAUUCCUCCCUUUCCUUCUGAAGGAGAUUUCAUUCGUUGGUUCGUGCACCUCGACUCCUGCUAGUGUGGACAAAAUGUUAGAGUUUGCGUCCUUUCACGGAGUGAAACCCAUCUUGGAGGAGUUCCCUCUGUCAGUUGAUGGUGUGACUGAGGCUUUGAGACGUCUUCAGGCGGGAGAAGUCAGAUAUAGGGGUGUGUUGAAGGCUUGA